AUGAAUGCUUUGGUGCUCUUAGGAUAUGUCUAUAAUUUCGAUUGGAAUAGAGCACCAUUGGCCAUUUGCUAUUUUCAGGCCUUUGCGUCUCAAUAUACAGCCUUCGCAACAGGCGCUUGGGCACUGGUUUUCACAAUCCAACUUUAUCGUCUCCUUGUCCUCUGUAAACAGCAUGAGAUAACCGAUUCACGUCUAUAUCGUCACUACUAUGUAUUUUUAACCGUUUAUCCCAUUGUUGGAACCAUACUGGUAUCUGUCAUCGGUACUAAAGAAAGAGCUGUCAAAGCGAGAGAUUUUCGUUGUGACAUAGUCAAUCCAAUAUGGGUUCGUCUAAUAGGUUACAACGGUCCCAAUCUGCUUCUAACUGUUCUGGGUACUUAUUUCUGUGUUCAUUCGACAAUGGUAGUAAUACGACAACUAUAUAAGGGCAAGUCACUUUUCCAACAGCAUUCAAUUCCCCUCGAAAAUACGGAAGCAGCUGUAAGAUUAUCCAAAAGUCUGUCAAGUAGUUGCAUCGUAAAAGAUAAUAAUAUAGGGGUGUUCGAAUUGCAAAAUUACACCCCUACAGCUCUCUCACCGACGUCCGCAAAUAUCAGCAACAAUUCGAGUGAUGACAAUGAAACUGUUAAUAACCUGCAGGGGAUAAGUUCUUCCUUGACGUUGAAUGUUGGUAGAGAGACUUUGGAUAAAACACACAACAUCACGCGUGUAGCUGUUAUUCGUAUGGUUGUCUUUACAAUCGUUUAUCUUCUAAUGAAUAUUAGUGUUUCAGUUGAGACUGUUCUUUUUGCCAUAGUUGAUAAACCAUUAGAUCCCCAUCUCAGUGGAUCUGAUGUAGUUCAUUCAUCGCUAGGCAUCAUUUUCUUUUUAUUUUUUGGAACUGUGAGUAAACGAUCUGGUGAAAAAUUGAAAAAAAUAACUAAUUUUGAUGAGCACGUUUAA